AUGAGAGCCCAUGUUGAGGUUGCUUGUUGGCUGCUGCUGUCCACUCUCGGACAGAUUCACCCAGUGGCUGCUGGUUGCUCAGGGAGGUGCUGCAGGGGCAGAGAUUCGAGCUGUUCAGCCACAGACUGGAGGACGGAUCGUGUGUAUGGGAAGUGCUACUGUGACGAGGACUGUGUCAAAACCAAGGACUGCUGCUUCGACUACUUCACAGAGUGUCCAGCUCGGGACUGUGCUGUGAGCAACUGGAGCUUUUGGAGCGGCUGUGCCAAGCCCUGCCAGCCUUCAGUAAGAGUCCGGGUCCGUCACAUACAGCAGCGGCCUGGGAACGGUGGAGAACCCUGUCCAGGGCUGGAGGAAAAAGCUGGGUGCAGGGAGUACAGAGACCACCAUGGAGGUCACUGCGAGCACCAUUCAGGUCCAGCAUUCAUUACAAGCAUGGAGUUUAGCAAAGGAAGGCCCAAGCAUGACGGCUACGGAAAUCUCCUGGACCCUGGGUUUUGUGUGGAAUUCAAACUAGAGUCACGGACUCCGCACUGCACCGCGGAGAACCGGCCUCACACACUCUGGAUGCGCUACAUUACAGAAGGCUUCAAAGUGUGUGUGGCCUGUGAACCUCCUGCCAAGCGAAACACAAGCGGCAGCUGCCAAGGAGACGGCCAGGAAUCAGACGAAGAAGCUGUGCUCCACUGGCAGGCAGUGGGGAACCCUCAGUGCAGAGGAACAUGGAAGAAGGUCCAGAAAACUCAAACGUGCACCUGCCCAACACAACACAGAUUUGUCUUCACCUGA